AUGGCCCAGCAAUUCAAUCAAUACAAGUUAAUAUUAAUAGGAGAUGGUGGUACAGGUAAGACGACAUAUCUUCAGAGGGUAAAAGAGGGCUCGUUCAGAAGAGAGUACAUCGCCACAAUUGGUGUAGACGUGCGCGACGUGACAUUUAAGACGAAUUACGAUACUGAAAUAUCGUUUCAAGUGUGGGAUACAGCGGGUCAGGAGAUGUAUGCUCAGCUUAAUGAUGUGUAUUACAUUGGUGCUAGCGCAGCAAUCAUAAUGUUUGACGUGACUUCCCGUAUUACGUUCCGAAACGUAGAGACUUGGUUGCGCAAGCUGCGUCUGCUCACUACCCAGAACAACAAUAACAUACCGGUGAUAGUGUGUGGUAACAAAAUUGAUCUAAAAGACAGGAAAGUGAAUCAGAAAUACAUCAGGGAGCAUCUCAGCCGAGACAUUACCUGUUAUGUUGAUAUAUCGGCCAAGAGCAACCACCAUUUUGAGGUGCCUUUCCUUGUUGCUGCUAGAAAGCUCACUGGCAUUGAGGACCUGCAAUUUGUGGAGAAUAUUAAUUUGCAGCCACCUGAUGUUGUGUUAGACCCCGAAACCAUAUACGAGUCGCAACGUGUUAUGGAUGCUGUGCACAAGGCGCAGAAUAUGCAGCUGCCAGAUGACAAUUCAUAAGAUAAUUAAAUGAUGUUUGAUUGA